CACACUCCCACCCACAGUCAAAUCAUCAUCGUAAAUGUCGUAAAUCCACAAAUGUCAUUCUCCCUACGACAAUCAAGUCCAACAAAAUAGUGAAAAUACAAAUUCUCUCAUUAACUUGUCUGUCCCGAGCCCGGCGCUAGCGAAAAUUCUUUUUAUACCUUCGGAAUGUGCGUAAUAUUUUGUUGAGCUCAAUUAUCCUGAAAUCAUCCAAGUCUGACGUAGAAGAAAUCGCAAAGAUAAGUGAAAAGUGCAUGAAAAUUUUGUGUGUCGUGUCGAGAGGUGGCAGAAAGAAAGAAAAACGACGACGGGACCCCGUGAUUAGACCUGCAAUUGCGGAAAUUACGAAGACCAUCGCGAGCUCAGUCGCAGUGGAGUGUUGCGAGUGUGACGGAAGUGAAGAUCUGAGUUUCGAGUGUCGAUAAAGAAUUUGCGGGACGGAGCCGUUGGUGUCGUCUGGUGACUAAUUCCGCUAUCAAAUCGUCAAAAGUGCUCUAGGUGUUCCCAUUGGUUCCAGGCCAACACCGGAAGCCGCACUCCACUCCCAUCCCAGGCGGUUUACUUUUUGGUUUCGACGAAAGUUUUUAGUUUUGUUAAUUGUUCCUCGCAGCCAGCUUGCUUUUGGAGCACACACAUCACAAACCAAAAAUCAAUCAAGUAUUUGCGAAAUUUCGUGUUUAAUUUGACACAUCAGAUUUAUCAUCAUUAAUUAACAUUCUGUACUACAUAUUAUUUGAUUCUGCGUCCACUUUGAGAAAACAAAAGGACGAUAUGCAGAUGAACGUAGCUGGACUUCGUCGAAACAUAAAAAACCUAGCACACAAUUACUCGGAUGCUCAGGUCAAAGUUCGCGAAGCAACAUCAAAUGAUCCAUGGGGUCCAUCAGCGACCAUUAUGUCCGAAAUUGCCGACCUAACAUACAAUGUGGUCGCCUUUUCAGAAAUCAUGCAAAUGGUAUGGAAGCGUUUAAAUGAUCACGGGAAAAAUUGGCGUCACGUUUAUAAAGCUCUCAUUGUGCUUGAAUACUUAAUUAAAACGGGCACCGAAAAAGUAGCACAACAAUGCAAAGAAAAUAUAUUCGCCAUUCAAACCCUUCGUGAAUUCGUCUACUACGAAGAAGGUAAAGAUCAAGGAUUGCAUGUACGUGAAAAGGCCAAACAACUUGUCAGUUUGCUUCGUGAUGAUGAACGUUUGAAAAAUGAACGAGCGAAAGCACUAAAGGCCAAAGAACGAUUAGCUCAACAUCCGAGCGGGUUCGGUAGCGAUGGUUAUAUUGAGGGACCGACAAAUCGAGAAACGCCUCCCGGUUGGCGAGAUGAACCGCCGAAAGGAACAGAAGUUGAUUUCGUUCGCCCACAAACAGCAGGAGAGGAAGAAUUACAGCUACAACUGGCAAUGGCAAUGUCUCGUGAGGAAGCCGAACAGGAGGAAGCGAAACGACGUAGUGAUGAUGUUCGACUGCAACUAGCUUUAAGCCAAAGCGAACAAGAUUUCAAACAAUCUACCACUCCUACCAGACGACAAAAUGAGAAGAAAAAUGAGGAGCAGUCUAAACAGAGUCACUUAAUGGAUUUAUUAGAUAUUUCACUAGGUGCAACGAGCUUGAAUAGCCCAACGGAAGGUGCUGCAGGAGUUUCAGAUCCAUGGGGAACGCCAAGUCAUACAAUGCCAGCACGAUCAGAUCCAUGGUCCGGAGCAACAUCACCACCAGUAGACCCGUGGCAAGUACCACCCAGACCACCAGUAUCUAUUGGUGCAACAGCCGAUUCAUGGUUACCACAACGUACCCAGUCACCAGGACUCGCAUCCAACACAAUGAAUGACGCGUGGCGACAAAAUAAUUCGACUCCCACAAGUGCUUUAAAUGGAAACCUAUCAAAUCCAAUUCCAACAGAUCCUUGGCUUGGAAAAGGAGUAUCCACGCCACCAACUGAUCCUUGGCUAAGUGGGAAACCAGCUCAAAAAACGGAAAUUAUCGAAGAUCCGUGGCUUGCAAAGUCUAAUACUUCAGUUAAUGCCGACCCAUGGGCUACUAAUAAUUUGGAAUCGAGGCCUUCACCUGUUGGUGCAAUUACAUCACCCAUAUCGGAUUUGGAUGAGUUUGAUAUAAUAACAAAUCGAAAUAAGACUGGACUACCCAAUUCUAAUGGCGCUAACAAUAAUAAUUCAUCAUUACUUGACGAUAUGGACCCAUUGUCAUCAAAGAAACCAAUUAAGUCACCACAAUCCUUCCUAGGUGAAAAUUCAUCAUUAGUCAAUUUGGAUAAUCUAAUAAAACCCGCUGCACCUGUGAGUAAUAAUGGAACGGGAGCAGCAUAUAAUCCCUUCAGUGAUACCAAUCUGGUGCCGGCAGCGAAACCAAAUCUAUUCCAGCAGCAACAACAAACGGUUCCGUCCAUAAAUCAAUUGAAACAACAACCGUUCCCUGUAACAUUAAACCAAGACCCCUGGGCACCAGUCAAUUCAAAUAACACAAGUGCACAGUUGGAUGAGUUCCUAUUUGAGUAUGAAUCAAAUCAAUUAGCCACGACAAACAACAACCAGAACAACGGCAUCAGCCUUAGUACAAAUUUUGAUGAUAUCACAUCAAUGAAUAGCAAUAAUAUGAAUUUGUUCGACAAUAGUAUCAACUGCAUAAACAAUAAUAGUCAAAAUAAUAGUAACGUCCCUGCAACUGGCUUGAUUCCUACCAACCACAACAAUGCCAGUAUCAAUAUCGCGAAUAAUAGUGCUCUUUUAAGUUUCGAUAACAUCAACUAUUUGGAUAACAACAAUACGCCUUGGAUAAAACCAGAAGUAGCAGCAACCAAUCCGUUUUUAUCGUAGGGGACCUAAAAUAAUUAUAAAUAGAAAACUAAGACAGACAAAAAAAGGUUUACAAUAAUUACUGAUAGCAUCCAAUUCGUAAAAUGAAGCUCGGGAAUUAUAGAAUAAUUUUAACAAUUUGCUGAUGAACAAUGAACAAAACAGAACAACUGAGAAGUCGCUAAAAAAACGAAGAAAAAAACAACUAUAGAAAAGGUAUUAGGCAAUUAGCAUUGACGAUAGAGCAGCGAUAGAAGAUGCGAAAGAUAACUACGAAAAAAAAUAGUAAAACCUAACAUAAUAAAACGUGAUUUAAAUCAUAUACCGUUAAUUGUAAAAGGAUAAAGAGAAAUAUUCCAGUAUUGUUGGCGAAAAAGAUUUUUUCUAUCAUUUCAAUGUCUUUUUCCCUCCACGUAAACGAUAACGAUUUCAAUAAACUGGUAAACAUAAGAAAAAGGAUUAAAUACGUAUUUGUAAGGCUUUUAUACAACUUACCAGAAUAUUAUAAAUAAAAUUUCGAAGAAAACUACUCGAGAGAAAGUAGAUAAUGAUAUGAUAUCGGUACGAGAAAAUUUUAUUACGGUGUUGCCUUUUUCUAAUUGUUACUUUUUUAAGAUAACUUAAAGUUAGAUCGUCACAACAUCCGCAGCUCGGCCACAUCUAUUCGAGGGUCAUUGUAGCAGAAUGUUUUCACUGAAUAACAGAUAUAAAAUGCCGUUCAAAUUAAUAGACUAAUUCAAUCUAUAAAUCUGACUACUUUCCUAAUCUUAAUCCAUUUUGUGUCCCAAAAGGUAGCUGUUGAGUUUCGUUUCACUCAAAACAAAUUUAUUGGUUUCAAAUAAAAAUUGAAACCAUCAAUCAGCCCUAAUUAAUCACUGUCUUUGUGUUCGCUUUCUUCUUAUUAAAUUAAAAUUAGUAUGAUGAGUUAGAUAGUUAUCAACAGACGAAAUUCCGUAUGCAAAUAUGAUAGCAAACGGAUCCCAUCAUUUAACCAGCAAGUUGUGGACACGCUUCGGCUAUCAUUCUAUAUUUAUGCGAUGCUAAUUGCUUGUAAUCUAUAUAAUUUAUUAGUAAUUUAUAUCAUUUAUAUCAACAUCGUUCCAUACAUCGAAACAUUCUUUUCGUCGCCUUUACAAACGAAAUCAGAUACAAGCUCACACAAAUACAUUUAGAAAUAAAAUAGUUUUAACCAAAAAUCUUACAACUAAAAGUUUACUUCUUUAUUUUUCAUUCGGUUAAGAUGUAGAGAGAGAGAUAAAAUAUAUAUUUUUGAAUGCUAUUAUGUAUGUAUAUGUGUUUUUGCGUACAUUUGUAAUUAUAUCUAGAGUUCAGAAGUUGUAUAGUCGCUUCAACGGAUUUAAUGCUGAGGAUAAGGGGGGGAGGUCAAUAUGCUCCAUGUAAAAAUCAAAAGCUAAAAGAAGUUUUUUUUCUGAUAAAAAUUUAUCUAAUUUACACUAAGUUUAAAGUGGAUACGGAUUAUAAAUAUUAUUAACAUGGAAUGAUUCUUAUAACUUCACAAUAUUUUAAUAUUUCUAGAAUAUUAAACUCGAGAAAAAAAAGUUUUUCCAUUAUCUAUUUGCAAACGUAUUGAAAUAUUAUAUAUUUUAUGAUAAUGUAUUGAAACUUUGACAUUUACCGGUUUCCGAUAAGAAGAUCGUUUUCAAAGAAUUUCAUAAAAUUCUAUCUUUUAUGUCAAUGAGUUCGUAAUGAGUGAACAGAUCAAUUAAAAUCAGUCAAAAAACAACAAAACAAAACAAUUUAGACAUUAUCUGGUUUUAGCAACGACGGUGUUUGAUAAUUUAUUAUAAUUAGUAAAAUUUUCAUUUGCUCAUUAUGCCAAGAGAAAUUUAUUAUAAUGAUUUGCUUCAGUUUCGAUAUCUUAUCUCGAUAAAAUUGUAGAUGUCGGUGGAUAGUAAAAAUAUACAAAAAGAGCUUUAAUCUUUAUUUCUUUUAAAAAAAAAAA